AUGUCCACCUCAAAACCCCACAUAGCCCAAGACCUCCUCUCCCGCGCCCACUCCCCCGACACAGCCGAGCAACUCUUCACCGAGCGCAUAAAACAAAAACCACUCUACCUGCGCCCAACAUCACCUACACCAGCCGACAACCGCUCUCGCCGUCGUUUGCAACGACUCCGGAAAAAGGAAUACUUUUACCGAAAGCAACGCCCUCGGCCCCUCUCUGCGCGGCAAAAACGUGUGUCGGGGCUAUACGACCUGUCGAAAGAGGAAUGCAAGUAUGAGGUUUUCAAGGGCUUGCAUGGUUUAUGGGUGCAGUAUAUGCAUGAGGUGUUGGGUAUAGAGAAGAUUGCGAAUAACAAAGACAACAACAGCAACAACAACAGACCGCUGGUGAUAAGUGGGCAGGCCCAUGGUAGUAAGCUGGUCAGCGCUGAUUAUCAUGGUGCGGAGGUUGAGGUUGUGCGCAGUCGAUGCGCGGGCAGGGUUGGCACGAAGGGGAUUGUGGUUAGGGAUACGAAGUUUACGUUUGUUGUCGUGACGGAAAAGGAUGUCGUCAAGACGAUACCCAAAGAGCAUACCGUCUUCCGAUUCACUAUUCCGUCUACGCCGGUACAACCAUCAGCCGGAGAAAGUAAUGAAAAGCCGGAAGGAGAGAAACCGAAGGAUUUCGUCUUUGAGUUACAUGGAAGUCAAUUCGAAAACCGGCCGGUCGAUCGUGCGAAUAAGAAGUUCAAGUGGAGAAACAUUGAUUAUAUCUGA